AUGCAGCGCUACGCGUUUACGGCGAGGUGGAUUCCGGGAAAAGAGAAUCUUGACUCAGACGCGUUGAGCAGGGCCCCCAUCGCAGCAGCAACUGCUCAGGACGAGCUGGCCGAAGGAGCGUCUUUCGUUCCCCCCAGGAUCACUCUGCUGUGUGCCAUUGACGGGUCGGAUCCGACGGUCAUCGAUCCUGUUUUAGAAAGAGUGAAAGCUGCCGCCGCCACAGACCCAGUCAUGAAGGAGCUCCGUGAAGUGAUUCUCAACGGCUUUCCGAACGAAAAGUGCAACCUUUCGCUGGCCCUUCGACCCUUUUGGUGCGUCCGGCAUGAUCUAGCCAUCGACGGUGAAGAUGGAAUGAUCGUCAUGGGAGCCCGAGUCGUCAUUCUGAAGGCGCUGCAAAGUGAUUUACUGCGCGACUUACUUAAAAUGCACCAAGGCACCACCAAACUGCGGCAACGGGCACGACUGUCCGUCUUUUGGCCCAACAUGGAUGCCGAAAUCGUGAGCCUCGCCGGCGCAUGCGAAAAAUGCACCUCUCGCCUUCCAUCACAUCCGCCGGAACCACUUCGACCUCACGAGCCAGCUUCGCGACCUUUUGAGCAGAUUCACGCAGUCCUCUGCCAGCUCAACGGUCGUCAUUUUCUCAUCCAAGUCGAUGCAUUCAGCGGCUGGCCUCACGUUGCUUAUUUUCCGGACGCCCGCAUUUCCGCCAAGAAGGUCAUCAAUGCCGCUCGGGAGCUGUUCAUCAAUGUCGGUGUGCCGGUCCAAAACUGGUCAGACGGUGGCCCUUAA